GGCCGCAGCGUGCGCCAGGCAGAAGUGUCCCAGCCGCCGGAGAGCAGGGCCCCACCACUGAGCCCCAGCACCAGGCACCGCGCCCCCCGGCUGCCCCACCGUGGGGCCCGCGCCCCAUGUUCCGCUCGCGGCGGGCCGGCCUGGUGCGGCGGCUCUGGAGGCACCGCUGUGCGGCCCCCGGCCCCGAGGAUGGCCCCGGCGCCCUCAAGCCCGCCGCGCACGCCCUCUUCAAGAAGCUGAAGGACGAGGAGCUGGAGCUGCUGGUGCAGGCGGUGGAGAGCCGGGGAGCCGGGCAGUCGGGCUGCGUCUGGGUGGCCCGGGCGGAGCUGCGGGGCACCAAGCAGGCCCUGCCCCCUCAGGUGCUGCUCUGCCGGCUCUACCGCUGGCCCGACCUCCGGCACCCCCACGAGCUCAAGAGCCUGAGCGGCUGCCAGAGCUUCGGGGGCUGCGGCGAGGGGGCCACGCUCUGCUGCAACCCCCACCACCUCAGCCGGCUCGCCAGGCCCGAGACGCCGCCACCCCCUUACUCCAAAAUCUACCCCUUCAGCUGCCCAUGGACAGAGGUGUCGGAGCGCCCCAACUCCAGCCACCCGGAGUCUGGCUGCAAUGCCCAUGGAGACUGGCGAGACUCCGGCCUGGAGAGGAGCACCACCAGGGACGGCUGCUGGUGCAAGCUGGCCUAUUGGGAGCACCGGACGCGGGUGGGCCGUCUCUACGCCGUGCACGAAACCUCCGUCAACAUCUUCUGCGAGCUGCCGCAGGGGAGCGGCUUCUCCCUGGGCCAGCUGCAGGCCGAGAGGCGCAGUGCGGCCGUGCGCCGGGCCCGGAGCAAGAUCGGCCGCGGGCUGCUGCUGAGCCGGGAAUGGGACGGGGUGUGGGCCUACAACCGCAGUGAGCACCCCAUCUUCGUCAGCUCCGCCACGCUGGGGCCCCCCGGCGCCCGCGGCCCGCCCGUGCACAAGGUGCUGCCCGGCUAUUCUCUGCAGGUGUUUGACUACAAGUGUGCGGGUGGCCAGGCCGGCUGGCGGAGGCCGGGCGAUGGGCCCUGCGACCCCAACAGCAUCCGCAUCAGCUUCGCCAAGGGCUGGGGCCCCUGCUACUCCCGCCAGUUCAUCACCGCCUGCCCCUGCUGGCUGGAGAUCCUGCUCACCAAGCCCCGCUGACCGGGGGCACAGCCCAGCACAGCCGCUCCCGCUGUGGCCACGGGCCCUGCCAGACGAGUAGAGUGGGGGAGCGUCCCUCGGGCCCCCACCUCUGAGGCCUGGCCCCGCUGCCUCUGUCCCCUCUACCUAGAAACCCCAUCGCAGCCUCCCUCCGCCCCGACCCCAUCAUGAGCCUGCAGCUUGGGCCUAUGGGCCUCUCCAGCCAUCCCCAGCCUGGGUCCUAUGGCCCUGGUCAGCCCCUGUCUGCCCUACUCCCUGCCCCCCAGCCUCCUCUCCCCCUUCCCCUUCCCCUUCUCCCCAGCCCCCCACCCCCGUCCC